GCUUGGAUGACAAAGCACAGCACGACAGCAUCCAGUGGCGUCUUCUUGUAUGCGCCCGACGACGCGCCGUCCGCGGAGCCGGAAGCGACCCGGCGGUCCAGCGCGUUGGACCAUCCCCACACAUUGCUCUCGACCCCCAGCUCUCGAACGGUGUCGGUGUCCCGGCGUCUGCCACCGCCGCCCGAAGGCUCAGGUAUCCGUACGACGUUUACAUCCCGCUUGAGUCCCGGUCGGCCCUUUGAGGUUUACGAGGACCCGAUCAUGGAAGAGUAUUUCCCCGACAAGCUCCACCCGCAGCCACUGAACGUAAGAAGCCGCACAAGUCUAGUCGCGUCCGUCUCGAUAGUGGUUGCCGCCGCGAUCGGCGUUGGCCUCGGCGUCGGUCUUAUGCAGCUCCACGUCGACGCCUCGUCCGACUGGCCAAAGUGGCUCGCGCUUCCCGGCGACCUCUUUGUGCGCGCACUGCGCUGUCUCAUCGUGCCCAUGGUAUUUUGCUCAAUGGCGGUCGCGAUCGCCGAGAUCGUGCUUCUCGAAAAAACCGCGCUUCUCUCGUGGCGCACGGGCGCCGUCUACUUCCUCACGUCACUGCUCGCCACGCUCCAAGGCAUCACAGUAGCGUAUGUUUACCACCUCGUGGCGAGCCACGGGGUUGCCAAGGCACCGGCCCCCGCGCUUCCGACCAACAUUGCACUCCAGUGCGCCAACAAGAUGUACCUCGCAGUCCUUGGUAGCAAUGGGUCUAUCGGCUGUAUCGAGGCCAAUCCAAACGCCACGACGGCGCUCUUUACGUUGAGCGAUGCGUCGCACGGGAUCACGCUCGCGUCCAAACAGGCGGUCUCGCAGCUCUCGUUGUCGGACCAAGUCAUUUCGAUCUUCAACUUGGUCGUGCCCGAGAACAUAUUUGCCUCGUUUGCGAGCGGGUCGCUCUUGAGUAUCAUUGCGUUUGCGCUGCCGCUCGGCUUUGUGAUUGCGAAAACGCAGAGCGACGCCAAUCACAACUAUUUGCUUGUGCUGCUUCGCCAGACGCGGAAUGCGAUCUUGGUGCUCAUCGACGGUCUCUUGCGGCUCACGCCGAUCGCGGUGCUCUUCCUUCUCGCGAGUGCGAUCGUCUCGUACAAGAUCAAGGAGGCGAACGCGGCCGCGUUUGGCUAUGUCUUUUUGGCGUUUUUGAGUGGUGUCGUCUCUCAUGUGCUGCUCGUGAUGCCGCUCUUCCUCUUUCUCUUUACGCGCUGCAACCCGUACAAGUACCUCCGCCAUCUCGUGCCCGCAUACGUCUUUGCGUUUGGGUGUGCGUCGUCCAUGGCCACCUUGCCCGUCGCGGUGACCGUCGUGCACCAGACGCGCCAAGUCUCACGGUCCCUCGCGCAGCUCAUUCUGUGCCUCGGGACACCCACGAACAUGAACGCUGCGGGCUUGUACCAACCGGUCAUGACGGUUUUUAUGGCGCACAUGUCGGGCAUCGACGACCAGCUCCGUGGUCCGCAGUGGGUCGUCCUCUUCUUUGUCGCGUUGAUUGGCUCGAUGGGCACAGCGCCCGUCCCGAACGCCGGCCUCGUCAUGCUCUUGACGGUCUGGAAGACGGUGUUUCCGUCGGCGACGCAGGUGCCCCCGGCCUUUGCGAUCGUCAUGGCCGUCGACUUUCUCUUUGAUCGAAUCCGGACCAUGACCAAUGUCAACGGCAACAUGGUGGUCGCUCGCAUGCUCGCCGAUCGCUUCAACGACGACCUCCAAGACUCGAUCGACGACGAUGCCGCCGCCGCUGAUCGCCCCAUUCGAGUCUAGAUGUCGAUUCGUGUCUAGUAUUUUGUUAUGUAUUUACUCCUGUCUCUUGGCUAACCAGCUCGUUUGCUGAAUCUCAAUUACCUACUGCCGUCUUGUCA